GCAGGUUUAUCAAUAAACUGCAGUCAGAGCUGGAACAGAAAGUGAAAGUGAAACCAGAUCAGGGUGUGAGGAGAUGCUCUGAGUCACUAGGGACUGUUGAGACCUGCAGACCAGACCUAGUUGUUCUCUGCUGCAGCAGAUUCUGGAUCAUCUGGUCCCUGUUAUUAAAGCCUCUGGAUGUCUUGUUUGAAGUGCAUCCUAGUGAUGUGGAGCUCCGUUCUGUCCAGCAGGAGUCAGCAGAGCAGCAGAGCAGGAGGCCUCGAGGAGAACCCAGUCAGAGAGAGGAGGAGACUCCCAAAACUGAAGAUCCCUGCAAAGAUCUGGAAGAACCGCAGACAGCAGAACCACACCCAGGCUGCAGAGGAUGAGUUGGACUGUGAGGAGGCUCUGCAGCAGGAGGAGAAGGAGGAGCAGUUGGAAGAGGUCAGCAGGAGGCUGAUCAUCAGGGAGCAGCAGCUGUUCACUCAGGACUCCCCCAGUGAGGAGGAGGAGGACCAGCUGCAGAGAGACUUCGAGGAUCUGAGACAGAAGAUAUGGAUGGCUGUCCAGAACACCUUUGUGUCCUUCUCAGCCUCCUCCUCCUGCUCUUCCUCCUCGGGGGAGCUGGAGGUCCUGAGGAGUGCUGUGGCCUCCAUCCAGCAGCAGGAGGUGCAGGACCAGCACUGGAAAGGCUGUCAGGAGCACAGAGUCCCAGUGUGGCGUCCUCAGAAGUGUCUCAGCACUCACAACACUCUGCUGCAGAACAUGGUGGAGUCCAGACUGAUGAACACGGCAGAGGACGACUCGAGUGGAACUGAUGGACUGUCCUCACCUCUGAAGAGGGAGGUGUGUCACAUGGGGAAGCGCGUGAAGGAGGACCUGCUGACGGUGGUGAGGACGGUGAAGGACUGUUACCCUCCACAGAUGGACAUCCUGAACGUGUACGCUGGACUCUACCACCAGAGUUUCUCUGCUCGGCUGACUAAACUCGCUGCUUCUGGACCGGAAACAGACGACUGCGGCUACCUGCUGUUCUGGAUCAACCACUACUAUCCGCAUGAAAUAUUAAAACAUGAAGAGCUGGAGGGAAAGAUAAAGACGGCCUGUCUGGGUUCUCUGCUGCUGCAGGAGGAUCUGAAGCACCUGGAGGACCAGUACAUGACCCACAAAGAGGACAAAGUGAAGUUGUGGCUGAAAACAGCUCUGAAACAAGAAGAAGAGAACUGGCUGAGCGGCAGAACACCUGAACUCAUCGACCAGUACUGCUUCAGUCCCCUGGCUGUAGAUGUCAUACAGGUGAUAGACAGCUCCCUGACUGAGUUCAGCUGUGCGAUCAGAGACAAGAGUAAAGCUCACAGGAUCACAGCUCACCUGGAGAGCUUCCUCACCAGCUAUAAGAAGUGUGUGGAGGAGUUUGUGAAGGGAAACAACAGUAACGUCCGCUCGGUGAUCAAGGCUCACCUGGUCUGUGAGGAGCAGUUCAGGGAUUACAUCACAGGUCAAACAGGAAGUCUGUCGGAGGAGCAGAGAAGUCGCUGUCUGGACACUCUGUCUGCCCUGAAGGAUUGUGGGUACAGGUGUUUCACCUGUCCCAUUCACAUCCAGCUGAAGGUGUGUCUCAGUCAGGUGUGGACGCCUGCCUGGUGGGACGGGUCACUUCCUGUUGUCGACUCUCUGCUGGACUUUCUGAACCAACAACUGACCGACCUGACUGACCUGAAACCAGCCUGCAGACAGUCCCUGCUGUGUGUCCUCCAUGAGGAUGUGGUUCUUCAGUAUGUGAAGAGGAUGAUGAAGACCAAGAUGAAGAGCAGAGAGCAGCAGGUGGGCGGAGCUCAGCGGAUGAUUGAAGACAACCGAAAGAUCAGCGACUUCUUCAAGGAGGAGGCCUGCGGUGAGUCUCUGAAGCUCAGGGAGAUCCUCUGCAGCCUGGCUGAGAUCCUCCGUCUGCAGGAUCCUGGAAGUGUUCAGCUGGAGGUCGUCAGCUUGGCCAGAACGUUCCCCGACCUCAGUGACGCUCACGUGUUGGCGCUGCUCUCUCUGAAAACCAGCCUAUCAGCCGCUGAAGUUCGCUCCGUCAGGCGCAGCGUGGAGGAGAACCGCCUCCUCGAUGUCUCCACCAACCAGAGCCCUCCGUUCUUCUCCAAGGUCAAAGUAAAAUGGAUCACUAAUAAGAUCAAUCAAAUGGGGCUGAAGACCUGAGUUGUUUUAGUAUGUUAGCAAGUUAGCAUGUUAGCAUGUUAGUGGACAGUAAACAGUAUUUAAUGAGUAUUAUUUUUGUGUGUUCCAGUGUUGCUGCUUUAUCACUGUACUAAAAAUGGACAUUUUAUUUUGAAAGUCGUUGUCGAUGGUUACAGGCGGCCAUGUUGAAGGACUAGCAGAAGGCUUCAGUUGUAAAGAUGGCGUCUGCAGCUUGGAGGAAACCUGGUUCAUUGUUCAGUCUCAGAUCCAGUCUGAUGGUGUUCCUCAGGGUUCAAUCCUGGAUCCCCUUUAGUUCCUUUUGUAAAAAGCCUUUUCUUUAACAAACAAUUACAAAACAUGGUACUAAUUUUAAUCGUUAUGCGUAUAUGUAGCAGUUGUGGGAUGAGUGUUUUUUGUUUUUU